UAAUUUAAUCACCGGAACUGUUUAAAAGAGAUAAAAAAUGUUUCACCUCUUAAAUGAAUGAAGUCGACGUUUCAAUCAUUGUAUGAAUAAGCUAGAUAACUGUUGACCUCUUUCUUUUCCAUUCUAGCUUUAGGUUAAAUAUUUUCUGUGAGAAUUGAACAAUUAAACCAAACUCUUCCUAUGCCGUACGAUAAAACUGUCAAAUAAAAAAGAUAAAUCUAAGAUUUGGACGGCCGAUAAGAAGGUAAUCUGACCGAUUGCGUGUAUGAAAGACAGCCUAGUUAUGCAUAUACAUUGUUGACAAUGUUUCCAAGUUAUUAAGUAAACAUCAAAGGUAAUAAUUACUUGCAACAAGUACUUCACAUUUCUCUUUAACGCUUUAAAAAAUUUACGACCAUUCUUAAUAACCUGGACACUUGUCAUCUUUGAUCCUAAAUUUAGGCAAACCUCAGAACGGACCUUUCCACUUCAGAACCACUGAAAGAGCCGUUUUGUAUUCUUACGAUAUUUAAAUUAAAGAUGAAAUUUGGAGAGCACAAUUAUUAUAUCGGACCAGAUAAUUACAGCAUUCAUAUAUCAAAUGUUUAUUGUAUUGGUUUUAAUUCUCGUUCGCUGACCACUGUGUGAUGCGUAUAGUGAUGCUUGUACGAGUAAUGUUUAAGGAUUUAUAGCGUACUGCCGUAGAUAAUUCUCCACCGAUUGUGCAACGCUAAACGGAAAAGUGCUUCGAUGGUAUAAACAUAAAAUUUCUGACAAUCAAGGCAGAUUUGAUAAGAAUCGACGAUCGAUAAGACGUGAACUGAAUACACGUGCAAGAGAGGACAAGACGUGUAGCAGUUCCUUUCUCGUGUGGCGUUUGAAGAAUCGUUUUGUGUUGCAGACGAGAGGAGAGAAAACGAUUACAGUAAAUGAUACGAACUGUAGGAGUAGUAAUUCAAAACGUGCCGGCCCUGGAAGCAAAUUAACUGACAUCCUUUCAGCCUUUUCUCGAAGUGUUGAAAUCGAGAUCAACAGAACCUUGUGUAUAAUUAUAUCCAGUAAUUCUGUGCGAGCCAACAUGUCGAGUUUAAAUAUUCAGUGUGGUCCAGUCAGCUCUACAUCCACCCUGUCCUACGUAACGGCUUCAAUUUCCGCUGCUCUUUGUCUGAUAACGAUUCCUGGUAAUCUUAUGAUCAUCGUCGCCGUGUACCUUGAUCCCUAUCGACGUCUGCGCACGCCUUUCAACAUAGUUGUUGCCAAUCUGGCUUUUGCUGAUCUCUUGGUUGGUUGCAUAACUGAACCGCUCUCGGUGUAUUUACACAUUAAGGAGGGCCUGAGGCGAGACUUGGCGUUCGACGAAAUACGAGUGCUACAUCUUUCAUACUUUAUUUCUUGCACCGCAUCGGUCUUAAGCAUAUCGUUGCUGGCUAUUGAGCGUUACAUUUCCAUAUCGUACAGUUUUAAGUAUCGACUUUACUUCAAGAAAAGGCGUUUUGUUCUGGUAUCUCUAGUGGUUUGGCUGGUCGCCAUAGGUUUGUCAACAGUUUACAUUCUCACGAGUUUUCUGUUUUAUUCUUUCGUCUUCAUCAACAUUGCGGUGUUUUGGACUUUGGGCGUUACCACGUUCUGCUAUGUUAAAAUUCUACGAAAGUUGAAGGAAGCUCAGAAAACCAACGUAGAGCCGGAUACAGUUAUCGGAAAUACAAACGCAUUGAGCCAUGCCUGCCCUGUAAACAAGGCCUAUGUUGUGAGAUUGAGGAAAUGUGCCGCUGUUGGUUUCGGGGAGAAUGUCAAGGGUAUUGACAAUAACGGUUGUAACGAGGCGAGUAGAGUUGAAUCCAUCGACGAAAAUGUUGACGAAAAGGAUUCUGGAUUCUCUCAAGCUAAACCGACUCCCAGUACAAGCUCUGACAUGGAGGAGAAUGCGAUAAAUGCCCACGAAAGCGUUGCUGGUUCUUCGAUGAACAGCGAGAAAUGCAUCGAGAAUAGCGAGCCUUGUGAUACCAGUAGAGAACUUCCCCGAGAAAACGAUUCGGAUUGCGCUCAAUCUGACCCCAGUUCAAACACUAAGUCUCACGUGAUCGUACAAACCAAUCAAAAUGCGGCCUGCCCUCAAAUGGCUGAACAAAAUUGUGUCAAUACAGACGCCAUCCAAGCGAACGUAGCGACAUACAACGAAUAUACAAGCAACAAAUACAACAUCUUGGUAACAAAGACAUACAUCAUGAUUUCGCUGGUGUUUUUGGCCUGUUAUAUCCCAGCCUUGUUGAUAAUCUACACGAUGAACUGGUGCGAUACUUGCAGUUGCUCGGCGAUACACAUCAUGAGGGACUUGCAGUUUAUGAUUGUCAUAUUCAAUUCGUCCAUAAAUCCUUUCCUUUACUCCAUUCGUUUCGCGCAUUUCCGUCGGGCUAUAUUCAAGAUACUUCAAGAUAUUAGUAAUGAGAUAUUCUACUGAGCAACUGUAGUGAAGUAUAAGUCAUCAAAUACACGAUGGUUAGUAUAGAACUAUAAAAAGUUUCCAACUUCCCAGAGUCCCCUAAUUUUAUUGA